UGUUGAACAGUCGGGGGGACACAACGGAGACGCGUCCGGAGAUUACACACAUACACAGCUUUACUUGUAAGAUGUGUGUGUCGAUCGGCAGCGAUUCACACUUAUGCCUGCAGAUAUUAUACAUUUACAUGUGGAUUAUUCAUCCUUUGGGAGGCUGGUGGACUGUUUCCUGCGGACAACCCGAAAAAUGUCUGAUUCUUUGAAUACUUGAGGAGUGACGACAACUUUCCUCUUUUCGGACUUCACCGUACUAACGAAGAUAAGAAACGUGGAGCUUUUUUUAAAGAAAGAAGAAAAAGGACAGCACGGGUCCGAUUUAACAAUGCAAACAGAUCAUUUUCCCGAUCAGGAUUUGCAAUUUUAAGCACCAGGCAGUUUGGAGUAUCUGCAGCGGGCUGAUACCAAGCAAUGUUAUCUGCGGAGAUGCGUUGUUCGCUGAGGUUCAUGUCCGAGGAUGUUGCAGCUCGGUCGGGCUGCACACGGUGCCUUUGGGUGGCUGUGAUUGGACCGGACACAGACUGGGGCUGACUGAUGUUUGUUCGAGAGGAAAUGUUUUGGGGAGGAGAUCAAUAUGAGCUACUGGCGCACACGAGGAGGGGGGAGAUUGCCAGUCUUCAGGAGCACACGUAUUACUAUGAGGACGGAGGCAAACGUGCAGGAUUUUUCCUCUUGGAUUUAAAUUCAAAACAUAUGAAAAAGAUAAUCUUCCCAUCGGACGUUUAUGUGUAAUUAUUGUGAUGCGUUAUAAGACUGUUACAAGUGGAUAUGGAUAGUGUUUGUUCUUGCACUAAAGUUUUUUCCUCCUUUUGACUAUCAUGCAUCGGACUUUGACAUUGCAACAUUUGUUUUAUUGAUUUUUUUUGGACUCCUCCACCAAAUAUAUCUUGACUUUUAUUCUGAAUUAACAACUGGAGUUACAGCAAAGCGUUGCAGGAAGAAAACAAUCACUUGCAUGAUUUUUAAAUGCAGUAAAAUGUACUCACAAAUGCCCGGAAACAUGGCAGUGAAUUGGGUUGUAUAUUCAGUUUUUUUACUUCCACUGUUCGCAGUGGGGACUGCUUUCUCGGGGGUCUUCAAUGCCACAGAGAGAGACAUUUUUACAGAUGACUUGCUGCAGGUCAAGCUCACACAAGCCAGAGAGACUGAGCAGUGGAAACUCCAGUCUGCUGAUUCUCAUCCCAACCUAUAUUUUAACCAAGUGGAUGUGUUGCACUUGAGGCAAAGGUCCUCCACCACCCACAGUCACAUAUUUAAAGUCAUCCGAGCGGCUGCGCUCACCAUGUUGUCUAAUGUCCCCGUUUACAUGCCCCCUGUGAAACAUGCAGAGUUUACAAGCAAGUGGAAUGAGAUUUAUGGGAACAACCUGCCUCCCCUGGCUCUCUACUGCCUGUUGUGCCCAGAGGACUCUGCUGCCCUGCAGUUUCUUAUCAAGUUUAUGGAUAGGAUGGCUGAAUACCCCGACUGGAAGGUAACCAGUGCCCCUAACGAUGAGGUCCCCAUGGCGCACUCUCUCACUGGGUUUGCGACAGCUUAUGACUUUAUUUACUCCUACCUGGAUGAGCGGCGGAGGGAUGUUUACCUGAAGAAAAUUCGCUCUGAGACAGUGGAGGUGUAUGAGCUCUCAAAGUACAGGGGGUGGGGAAAACAGUAUCUCCACAACCAUCAAACCACUAAUAUACUAGCCGUCCUGACUGGGGCAAUAGUGGUUGGAUCCCACAAUGACCCUGAGUCAAUGAUCUGGAAACAAGUGGCAGUAAGCUACAUGGAGAAAACUAUGUUUCUCCUAAACCAUGUUGUUGAUGGGACUCUGGAUGAGGGCGUAGCCUACGGGAGCUACACUGCCAAGUCCAUCACACAGUAUGUCUUCUUGGCUCAGCGCCAUUUCAACAUUGACAACCUGCAGAACAACUGGCUGCGGGGGCACUUCUGGUUUUAUUAUGCCACCCUCUUGCCGGGGUUCCAGAGAACAGUUGGCAUAGCGGACUCCAACUACAAUUGGUUUUACGGGCCGGAGAGCCAGCUCGUUUUCCUGGACACAUUCGUCAUGAAGAACGGGACGGGCAACUGGCUGGCUCAACAAAUUAGAAAGCACCGACCCAAAGACGGGCCCAUGGGGCAUUCUUCGGCCCAGCGCUGGGCUACACUUCACACAGAAUACAUCUGGUACAACUCCCACCUCACGCCUCAGCCUCCCCACGACUUUGGAAAAGCUCGGAUGCAUAUUUUCUCAAACUGGGGUGUGGUUACAUACGGGGCGGGGCUACCAAACAGCCAGGGUAACACUUUUGUCUCCUUUAAGUCCGGCAAGCUGGGUGGCCGUGCAGUUUAUGACAUUGUCCAUGACAAGCCUUACUCCUGGGUAGAAGGCUGGAACAGCUUUAACCCGGGUCACGAGCACCCUGAUCAGAACUCUUUCACAUUUGCUCCUAAUGGGCAGGUAUUUGUGUCUGAAGCACUUUAUGGUCCAAAGUUCAGCUACCUUAACAAUGUUUUAGUGUUCGGCCCGUCUCCUACCAGCCAGUGUAACAAUCCGUGGGAGGGUCAGUUGGGGGAGUGUGCUAAGUGGCUGCGCUGGACUGAUCAGGGGGUAGGUGAUACCAGAGGGGAGGUGAUAGUCGCUUCUUCACACAGGGACACUAUGUUUGUGAGUGGGGAGGCGGCCUUGGCUUAUUCGCCCGCCAUGAGACUAAAGAGCGUGUACAGAGCUUUAGUUCUGCUCAACUCACAGACUCUGCUCGUGCUCGACCAUGUAGAGAAGUGGAGUGAUUCACCUGUGACGUCCCUCAGCGCUUUUUUCCACAAUCUUGACAUUGACUUUAAAUAUGUUCCUUUCAGAUUCAUGGACAGAUAUAAUGGCGCCAUGAUGGAUGUCUGGGACGCUCAUUAUAAAAUGUUCUGGUUCGACAGCCAGGGUCACAGCCCUGAUACCAGGAUACAAGAGGCAGAGCAGGCGGCUGAGUUUAAAAAGAGGUGGACUCAGUAUGUCAAUGUCACAUUUCCAAUGACAGGCACAGUGAGCAGAGUAGCGUACGUGUUGCAUGGGCCAUAUGUCAAAGUGUCCAGCUGUAGAUUUGUGGAUAAUAGCAAAAAUGGAGUGAAACUUUCUUUAACCAUAAAUAACACAGAGAAUAUAGUCUCCAUUGCUACAAACUACAAAGACAUAGGAGCCAGGGUGGCUUAUUUAGGAUUUGGAGGUCACUGUAAAGUUGAGGAUAGAUAUCAAAUCACAAGAUAUGGCCUUGGGACUCAACUCAUCCCCAAACAAAUCAGCAGUGAUAAUCAGCUGUUUGACUUUGGGUUCACAGUCAACGUGAUAGCCGGGGUCGUUCUCUGCGUGGCCAUAGGAUUUUUGACCAUGCAGAGAAAGUUUUACGUCUGCUUCAGCAGGCUGAUGCGUUAUGCCCUCCUCUCUGUGCUCAUUCUGUGGAUAGCCGAGCUGCUGUUUGUGUCUAACAGCUGCGAUCAGCUUCUCUGUGGGGUAAAAUGGAAAGGUGCGGGUGCCAAAAACGAAGUAAACAAACAAAUCAGACUGUACGAGCAGCACCGGCUCCCGCUCCCCACCGUCGUCAUAACCACCCUGCCCGGAUCGGGAUCAGAAAUACUCAAACACCUUUUUGACAACAGCUCUGACUUUGUUUACAUAAGAGUUCCCACCGAGCACGUGGACAUUCCUGAGACUGAGUUUGAGUUUGACUCUCUGGUCGAUGCCUGCGAGUGGUCAAGGUCAGAUGCCGUGCAAGGACGGUUUAAGAUUAUUCAGGGCUGGCUGCACUCGCUGGUCCACAACACCAAGCUGCACUUGCAGAAUAUCCAGCUGGUGGAGGGCAGCAGGGUCAAACAGCCCCAGAGAGUCACCACCUCUAGGGACAGAAAGAAAAGAUCCAGGAGGAGAGAGCUGGCGUCCGAGCUAAAGGGCAAGCUGAGAGCAAGUCUGGACAGAGACGCAGAGUAUGUUAGGGAGAUGAGACGCCAUGUUGCGGAGUACCCUAACGCCCGGGUGGUCCUCAACAUGCGGAGCGGAAGCUGGACGCUCAAACUGCCUUUCAUUCAGGAGGUCGUGGGAGCUUCUCUGAGGACAAUCUACUUGGUGAGGGACCCUCGAGCGUGGAUUUAUCUCAUGGUUUAUAACAGCAAACCCAGCCUUUACACUCUUAAAAACAUCCCGCAGCACCUUUCCUUGAUAUUCAAGGAGGAUGCUGUUAGUGACGGGUGCCCAGCUUCGGCGCCGGAGUUUAAAAUCAUCCCGAAGCUGCUGUCCCGUUCUGAGGCCAACCCCGUCCUGAUACUGGCUCAUCUGUGGCUGGCUCACACCGCAGCGACACUGAGAGUCAGCGAGAGCCUCCCGGAGGAGUCCUACCUCCAAGUGAGGUUUGAGGACGUGGUCAACUUCCCGCAGGAGACGGCGGAGAGCAUACACACCUUUCUGGGGGUGCCAGUGUCACCAGCAGCCCUCAACCAACUCCUAUUCACCACCUCCACAAACCUGUACAAUCUGUUGUAUGAAGGAGACAUUUCACCAGCCAACAUUAACAUGUGGAGACAAAAUAUGCCUCGAAAGGACAUCAGACUAAUAGAGGACGUGUGUGGGAGUGUGAUGAGGAGGCUGGGUUACACCAGGUUUGCCAGUUAACUUGCUGCUGCUGGUCAGCUGAUGUUGAGCUGUCUUGUUUACUGUAGCUGCCAUCAAGUUAUGUAAUUUUUUUUUCUUGGUUUGCACUGACCUUAAAUUUUAAAAAGAUGUUACAAGUUGGGGAGAAAGUGGGUAGCAUUUUAUGUCUUGUUGUGUUUGUUUGGGUGUUGUACAGACUACAGCAACAGAUGUUUGUGAGGGAGGAAUAUUUUACAUUAAAAUAGGCGGAAGGGAGCUUAUGUUUUCUACCCCCCAUCCCACCACUCCAGCAGCCCUUCACACUCACUUGUAGCACUCUUUUUUUUUUACGAGUGAGACUUUAGAGCUAGAGUUGAAUUUCAGCAUACAUUUUUAUGUUAUUGCAGCCUUUUACAACAGAUUCAAGAUUAUUUACUGUUAGUAAGAGAUCAGAAAUGAGACUUGUUUUCCCAUCCCUAAUCUGUAAUGUCAGAGAAAUCAUUGUGCAAAAUCCAUAUCUGUUAUUACUGGCAUUAUUUUUCUGGAGGGGGUGGGUCGAGAGAUAUUUACUGGUUUGGAACAGAUACAUUAUGAAGCUCAUUAAGACUUUAUUGACAGCCUCCUAAUUUGCAGCUUUGGGAGAGAAUUUUCCAAGACUGAUUUGGCUGUCAUGAAUUUAAUAUCUGAACUUCACGUGCUGUUUCCCUUUAAAACUAGAACAUGCUGCAAUGUAUAGACUCAUUUGCAAGGCAGAGAAAAAGACGCUUUAUUGCUCUAAUAUAGACAUAUGAAUGAAAUGGAUUGUAUUUUCAUUACAUCAGUAGAGGGAUUUUAUUUGAAGCUCAGAGAUGUCACAGCGUCUUGGUGGCUUAGCACUUUCACAGGGACUCCUUUGAUUGUAUGUGGGAUUCAGUGCGUUUUCCAAAGCUAACUUUACUGUAUGUACUCGAUUAGCUCGGAAAUACGAAACCUCUGAAGAUAUAUAAACCUCUGAAGAUAUUAUGUGUAGAAGAAAGAAAGUUAGAAGUAUUUAUGGGUUCCAAAGACACAUAUCCCAAAGGAUCAGGAAUGAAUAUGAUUAUUAUAACUCCCUUUGGCAUUUAUUGAAUUAGAUCAGAGGAAAGUGCUUAAUAGGGAUCAAACUGAAAAAAAAAACAACCUGUCAGCUUUGACACAUUUCUAGUCAAAGCAAUUUCCAAAGCAUCCCCCUCAGCUACUCAUAUUAAUCUGCAAAUGCCAUAACUGAGGCUUACCCUGUGUUUUAUUGUUGUGCUGUCUUCACUGUAAAGGCCUGGAGGAAAUGCAAACAGUUUCAAUUUCCUGUCGUGGUCAAUCAGAUAUCCAAUGAUCUUUUUGGGGGACUUUUGUCUUGAGAGUGAGCAGUGGACUGAGCGAGGGAUGAAUAUUAAGUAUGGCUGAAGAAGAGAAGAAAAAAAAAAUCAGAGACCAUUUCUACUCUGUGAUGUUAUGCUCUUGGCCUGGGCAAAAAUAUACGCUCCUCCGUAACCUUUGAUGCUGUCCUGCUUAAACAUAUCUGUAAAUGGAUCACAUGUAACAUGCAGAUGCUUCACUCAAUUAUAGUCUUGCAUCUGUACACACACACAGAAAAAAAAACAUUUGGAAAUAUCCAUCUCUCCUCAGCUAGAAACAGUCCUGUUUGUUUUCUUCUUUACGAACACUGAAACCCUUGACUGCUCGGAAAACCCUGUUUGAUGUUUGUGGUCUUUGAAUGUGUAGACUUGGCAGACAUGCUUUCACUUUGGUGUUGCAAUCCUGUUACCAACUCUGUUUUGUAUUUGCUCGUGGGGAUAUGGUUCCUUGCUUCUGUGGCCUUGAAUUACAAUCAUUUUCUUUAUAACGGUUUUUCUGUGGGCUCGGGAGCAAGAGGUGGAGAUAAUGUAAAGAAAAUAAUAAAUUCAUAAAUAUAUCG